CCUCGCGCCAGGCCACGCCCCGGGGGGCGGGGCCACGGCCGGGUCAGCACGUGUAAGAGCGGCCGCGGGCCGCCGCAGUCAGUCACUCACCUGAGCGCCGGCCUCCGAGCGCCGCCCGCGUCCCUCGCCGCCCUCCAGCCCGCCCGCGACCCAUGUCCCGCCGCAAGGCCGGCUACACGCCCCGCCGAGUGGAGCCCGAGUCGGCCUCCAGCACAGACGACGACAUGGAGAUCUCCGACCUCGUCAUCGACGUCAAGCCCGAGCCGGACGCCGAGCCCGCGCAGGCCCAGGUGCUGGGGCCCCGCGGCCCGCAAUCCCCGCCCGCGCCCGGCCGCCUCGAGGACGAGCCCCGCCACCCCGCCGCCGCCCCGGGGGCCGCCCUGCACGGCCUGGGCGCGCGCCGCAAGUGGUGGUCGCCGCUGACCCCGACGUUCCUGGACCGCCAGUCCUGGACCGACAACUAUCCAGAUCUGUUGACCUGCGGCCUCUGCCAGCAGACCUUCCGGCUGGAGGCCAUCACCACCUUCAUGAGCCAUAAGAAGCAGGGCUGUCAGCUCGCCCGAGGCCCCCGGCCCCGCCUGGACUCAGAUGCCCCCGAGGACCCGAAGACCCUGAGAUGCUUCAAGUGUGGCAAAGAGUUCAUAGAGGCCUGGAAGCUGCUGCGCCACGCCCAGUGGGACCACGGGAUGCCCAUCUUCCAGACAGAGCCCCAGGCACCCGAGGCCCCGCUGCUGGGGCUGGCCGAGGUCGCUGCCGCCUUUUCCGCCUUGGUGGUGCCCGCGGUGGCCUCGGCAGCACUGGUGCCGCAGGCCGAUGCCAGACCUCCCCCGGCCACCAAUAGCCAGGGUCGGACCGCCAACAGCCAGGGCCGGACCGCCAACAGCCAGGGCCGGCGGAGCCCUACCUGCCCCGUAUGCGCAAAGACCCUAAGCUCUUUCAGCAACCUCAAGGUGCACAUGCGCUCACACACGGGCGAGCGGCCCUAUACCUGCGACCAGUGCUCCUACGCCUGCGCCCAGAGCAGCAAGCUUAACCGCCACAAGAAGACGCACCGGCAGCCCCAGAGCCCUGGCCUGGCCCCGGGCAGCCAGGUGCAGACUGCCGCAGCCCCGCCAGAGCCCGCCGCCCACGCCGCCACACCCACCAGCACCCUCCGGUGCACUGGCGGGGAGGGCUCUGGGGCAGCCGCCACAGCUGGGGUGCAGGAACCCGGGGCUCCGGGCAGUGGAGCACAGGCAGGCCCCAGCGAGGACACUUGGGGAGCCCCUGCAGCCUCUGCACCCUCCACCCCCUCCAGUGAGGAAGAGCUGAGAACGGACCCUACCCAGAGCCAGAAGCCACCAGGCAAGAAAUCAGCCAAGAGCCGUGGGCCUGGGGGCAACUGUGAGUUCUGCGGGAAGUACUUUGCCAACAGCAGCAACCUGACCGUGCAUCGGCGCUCGCACACGGGCGAGCGGCCCUACGCCUGUGACAAGUGCCCCUACACCUGCACCCAGAGCAGCAAGCUCAACCGCCACCGCCGCAUGCACGGGCUGGACCCCGACAGCCCCCGCUUCACCUGCCCCCACUGUCACAUACCCUUCGGCCUGCGUGCCACCCUGGACAAACACCUGCGACAGAAGCACCCUGAGGUGGCCUGAGCGCCCUGUGGACUCCUGUACUUCCUGUGUUUCCCCCAUGUUCUUCCCCCCUCCACACACCUCUGCAGAAUAAAACCCUCUGUGACACA